GUUAUCUACGUGUAUGCUACUGUUGUGUGAGAGAUGAAGGUUCAACUGGGUGCCCACUAGUCAAUAAGACACAAGCGACAAGCUCUGACAAAUACAAGUAAUAAAAGGCCUAAUGUGACAGGACAAUUACAAUGUCUGAUUUAAAUCUUGAAACAAAUCACAUGAUUGGUUUGAACCCUGCCACUGAAAGAUUGUGAGUAUAUUAAAAUCUUGUACUCAACAGUUAGACAAACAUCUUUCAAAGGUAAAGACAUCAAGUCUAGAGGCUCAGCUACCUGUAAAGUAUGUCAAAUGGAAACUAAAAAAUCUGCCUUUUUUUCAAACCAAAACUCAUAUUUUGGGAAGAAAUCUACGGAACAUUCUUCAUUCAGUGUUUAAAUAAUACUCUGCACUGUUUACACAGAUCCACUUUGGCAUAUCAGUCAGCCUUUCAUAUUGAGAAUAGGGUAAAAUCUCGGCUAUAUUUGGAUUUUUCACAAACUGAGCUUAAAAGGCAGCCUUUACUCUAAAGGUCAAAGAGGAGUGCACAUGUAAAUGCCAAAGGCUGAAUGCUUCAUAAAGCAGCUUUAUCUGCUGUCAUCAUUCAGGCACCCAACAGGGAGGCUGCAUGUAACUGUUCGGUGUGUGAAUACUCUUACACCUAAAAAGAUCUCCUUGAAGAACUCUCACAUCUUUCAAAGAACCUUUUAUGAUGGUAUCCUGGCUUAUAAUCAGCGCGGUCGUGAUCGCAUCGCUCAUCGUCCUGCAAAAUUUCAUGGACAAGGUGUACUUGGACACUGUCGGCAAGUACGUUCUCAUCACGGGCUGCGACAGUGGCUUUGGCAACCUCUUGGCACGGACGCUGGGUAAGCAACGUGGCUGUCAUGUGAUUGCAGCCUGCCUGACCAAAGACGCCGCAGUACAGCUGAAACGGGACAUGGCAGGGACCGGUCAGGUGGUCACGCCAAUCCUGCUGGAUGUGAGGAGCAGUGAGAGCAUCAGAAAGGCGUAUCAGGAAGUACAGAGAAUCAUUCCGCCAGGCCAAGGUUUAUGGGGGCUGGUCAACAAUGCUGGCAUCAACAAGCCAGGAGGGCCCUAUGAGUGGCUGACGCGAGAGGAGAUCAACACCAUCUUCCAGGUCAACUUCCUGGGCACGGUAGAGGUGACCAGCACCUUCCUGCCCCUGCUAAUACAGGCCCACGGACGUGUGGUCAACAUGUCCAGCUGCACUGCCAUGUUGCCCAUGGUGGGCACAGCUUACGCAGCCUCCAAGACGGCAGUGGAGGCAUACUCAGAUAACUUACGACAAAGAGUAAGAAGGCUGGGCAUUACAGUGCACAUCUUGCAGCCAGGAGCAUUUAAGACAUCCAUCUCUGAUCCAGAGAUUAUUCUCAGCUCUCGGAGGAAGUUGUGGGAUAGAUUAACAGAAGACGAAAGACAGCGUUAUGGUGGAAUUCAAAUGUUCAAACGAGAGGAGGCUUUGAUACGGACAAAGCUCCAAGAUGUCUCACCCAACCUCCAUCACGUGACAGGAACUAUAGAGCAUGCUCUGUGCGCCCGCUGGCCCUGGCGACGCUACCUGCCAGGGUCCGAUGCCAAGUUCCUCUUCAAGCCUCUCUCGCUCAUGCCUGCCUUUGUCGUGGACAACAUCUUCAACUUAAUCAUUUGAGCCACAGGGACAGCGGUUGAGGACAGGAGGUGUUGUCUUUCCCGCGUGUUCACUAUGCAAAGGUAGUGCCACAUUGUCAGCUGACAUGCCUCCUAGUCAUGCUCAGUUAAAAUUGCAAACACUGUACAAUGUUUGAAACAUGCGUCAUACCAUGGAGCUAUUAUACACAAGGAGUAAGCACAUACAGAGAUCAAAAGGGUCAAUGAUG